AUUCACGAUAAGACUUGUAUCGCUAAUAAAUUGCAUCAUUUCUCGUUCCCAAAAAACGUUGAAAGUGCACAGAGGCUAGACAAAUAGUGACGUUCAAGUGCAUUAGACAAUACAAAAUGUCGACGAAUUGUGAUAAUGUAGUUAAAGUAACACGCCUGCGUCUGCAAAAGUUUACUGUUUUCCAGUGUUCGUACAAGUGGGUGAUACCCAAUUGUAAAAGCGAAGGUUCUAUUACGUCGUCAAACUUUUUAAUUGAUGGUUUGGACGAAGUACAAUUUUACUUCAUAUUAGAUCGAUUGAAUGCUUCAUUCAGAAUAGCUCUGGGAAAAGAGUUGGUGUAUAAGCAGCCAAUACUUCUGAACUUGGAGGCUUCAGUUUUGAAUUCGAAUGAUUUCAAGAAGGACACGAUAUGUAGCGGCGUACAAACGUUUCGAGGAGGAUACCCCACUUCGUUCCUACCGUUCCAACGGUCCCAACUGAUACCUGAAAGCACUCUACAAGAAAACCCCGAAGUGAUCUCCGAUAAGACUCUGAAGAUUCUAUGUAACUUCCAAAUUAUCGACGACUCUCAGAAACCGUUCCCAGCCAAUACUACGAGUAACCUCCGCCAGGAUAUGAAAUAUCUUCUUGAAAACCAUACUAAUACUGAUGUGAUUCUUCAAACUGGCAACAAAACAUUCAAGGCCCACAAAGCAAUUUUAUCUGCACGGAGUCCAGUGUUCGCUGCGACGUUUAAAGGCGAUUGGAAGGAGAAUAAAGAGAACAAAGUUGAAGUUCCUGAUAUGCAUCAAGAUGUACUCGGGGAGUUAUUGACGUUCAUGUACACCGAUGAAACUCCAAAUUUGACAACUAUGGCAAUGAGUCUGCUUGCAGCCGCGGACAGAUAUAAUGUCGAGAGUCUCAAAAGUAGAUGUGAAAAACACCUUUUCGAAUAUAUGACUGUUGAGAAUGCUGCUGAAAUAUUGGAAACUGCUAAUUUACAUAAUGCUGAGCGAUUGAAGAAGAGUGCUGUGGAAUUCAUUCACUUCCACAGGAAGAGCUUCGUGAAGACCGCAGGAUAUAAAGCAUUGCGACAAUCGAAUGGAGAGCUUAUUUUGGAGAUGUUCGAGGCAGAUACAGUACUUUGAUCAUUAUAUCAGAUUUUCAUUCCAAGAACUUCCUGAUUGUAAACAUUCUCAAUUUCAUCAUUAUGAGAUCGAUAUCCAUGUGUUUGUAUUUCCGUAAUUUACUGUCAAAAAUUGA